GAUAUAUGCCAUAUAUAAGAAGGAAUUAUUCUGUGUGUUCAUUAGUUACUAGUUACUUAGAUUGGUGAGUUUGUCACGUCGAAGUUCAAGAAACAGGAGACAGAGAGAGACAGAGGGAGAGACUGUGAGACUUAAGAGGGGCUUUUCUUUCGUGGAUGAUUGUGGACUUUGGCAAGGAGAAUGGACAAGUGGUUGAAAAGUCUGACUAGUUGCGGCAGCAACAAAAUCCCACCUUCUGCAGAUCAAAUCAAAGCUCCACAUGAGCAAAGUAUCCGAGGCAAAGAGAAGUAUUGUGAGAACAAAGUGGAACAAAAUGGCGAGGCAGGAAUUGGCUCUAAUCUUGGCAUCAGCAUUAUCCCGCCCAGUAGCUACACCAAUGGCUUUGGCCUUCAUCGCGGCACUCAAGCAAACUUGGCCCAAGGUGAAGGUCGGCUCAGCAAGAACAGCAGUAAUGGAUGUUUGUCUAGAAGGGCGACUGAGUCUGUGGGAACUCCCCAUGAGGCGCUCGUGCACAUGGCCAAGGUUUGGGAGGACAGGUUUCAUCCUACAGACAACGUGCAGGGCUACGUGGACUUGGGUCUAGCAGAAAACAAACUGUGUGAAGAUAUUUUGUCAGAAAAGUUCAAACGUCUGCCAGACGACAGCGAGGAUAUAGGAGUGAGAUACUACACGGACAAAAGAGGAUUGCCAUGUUUCAGGGAAUCCCUUCAGGUGUUUAUUGAAAGAGAAUUCCAAUCAAUUCACUCCAUAGACGCCUCCAAUAUUGUGCUUGGUGCCGGUCUGACGCCUGUGUUUGACACGCUGGCUUUUGUCUUGACGGAGCAUGGCGACUACAUAAUGACCACCUCUCCGUACUACUACAUGUUCAAGAAGGACAUAGCAGAGCGAGCCGGAGUCCGACUAUUGACAGUUCAACCCAGCGCUCAGGUAAAGACAGAGGCAGCUGAGACCACAGAGUAG